UUUAAAAAAAUUGGGGCAAAAGGGAACGGAUGAGAAUUGAGUGUUGUUGCAAGUAGCUCAUCAAUCAAAAACUGAGAGGCAGUGUAAUGCCAGGAAUGGAGACAAGUAAACAGCUCCAAGAAAUUCAGACCAAUCAGUAAGGCGGUGAGGAUCGGUGUAAACACAAUUUCUCUUCUUCUCUAUAAAAUCACAGUUUUGGGGGAAACCCAUUUCAAACCUUUGUUACUCAUGGCCAUCGCCUUUUCCCCUUUCCUCUUUCUUCUCUUUUCCGCCACCGCUCUCGGCGAACCCGGAUUGAUUGGGGUUAACUACGGCCGAAUCGCCGACAACCUUCCCCCGCCCGACAAAGUUGUUGGUCUCCUCAAACAGCAAGGGAUCGACCGUAUCAAAGUCUAUGACACCGAUGCCGCCGUCCUUACUGCCCUUUCCAACUCCAACAUCUCCAUCGUUGUUGCCCUUUCCAACGACCUCCUCUCCUCCGCCGCAGCGGAUUCUUCCUUCACCGACAAUUGGGUCCAAUCCAAAAUCUCUAAUUAUUACCCCGCCACCAAAAUCAACGCCGUCGCCGUCGGCAACGAGGUCUUUGUCGACCCCAACAACACCACCAAUUUCCUCAUCCCCGCCAUGAGAAACGUCUACUCCUCGCUACAAAAGUAUAACCUCCACGACUCCAUCAAAGUCUCCUCACCCAUUGCCCUCACCGCCCUCGCUUCCUCCUACCCGACCUCCUCCGGUUCCUUCAAACCGGACCUUAUCGAGCCAGUCAUCAAGCCCAUGCUCGACUUUCUCCACCAGACCGAAUCUUACCUUAUGGUUAACGCCUACCCCUUCUUCGCAUACGCCGCUAACUCCGACCAGAUUUCUCUGGACUACGCUCUCUUCCGGGAGAACUCCGGCGUUGUGGACCCCGGCAAUGGGUUGAAAUAUUUCAGUCUUUUCGAGGCUCAAGUGGACGCUGUUUACGCCGCCAUGAUGGCGCUUAAAUACGACGACGUGAAAGUGGUGGUUACGGAGACUGGGUGGCCGUCGAUAGGGGAGGAGAAGGAAGUGGGAGCGAGUAAGGAGAAUGCGGCGUCGUAUAACGGCAAUUUGGUUAGGAGAGUUCUGACAGGGAAAGGGACCCCCUUGAGACCAGAAGACCCAUUGGACGUCUUUCUGUUCGCGUUGUUCAAUGAGAAUCAGAAACCGGGGCCCACCUCUGAGAGAAAUUACGGUUUGUUUUACCCCAACGAGGAGGAGGUUUAUCAGAUUCCUUUCACACUCGCGGACAUGGCGAGUGAGACUCCGACGCCGGUGAACGGGAGUAAGGCUCAGGUGCCGCCGUCCAAAGGGGAUACCUGGUGUGUGGCUAAUGGGAACGCGGCGGCGGAGAAGCUGCGGGAGGGUUUGGAUUAUGCCUGUGGAGAGGGAGGCGCUGAUUGUGGUGCGAUUCAGCCAGGUUCCACGUGUUACAAUCCUAACUCACUUGAGGCACACGCUUCGUACGCGUUCAAUAGCUAUUACCAGAAGAUGGGUCGUGCGAGUGGCACGUGCUACUUUGGUGGUGUUGCCUACGUCGUUGCUCAACCUCCCCAGUACGGGAACUGCGAGUUCCCUACAGGGUACUAAGCUGGGGCAGGCCGCUAUAGAUAUUUAUAGAAACUAAUAAAA